UGCAAUUGUGUAAGAUUUUGUUUUUGUGUGUGUAGACUGUUGGGUUACUGCCAGGGAGAGAUGGUCCAGGACAAUACGUGGUUUAAUUCAUUCAUCACUGUGUGGGUGUGGGAGCGUGUGGGUUUGUGUGUCACACAGUGUUCCUGCUUGUCGAGCUCCACCAGUUAAAUCAGAGGCAGUCAGUGGCUCACUGACAUCCAGCUACCAAAGCUUCAACAACCUUCUGGUUCAGCAACACAGGACUCACUGAGGCUCUCGCCCAAGGCCCGUAUCAGUCACUACAGACGCACCCCGCCGACAGGGCCCCUGUUUUAAAGUCCUGGGAUCUGCCACAAAAAGGGGGGGAAAUGCAGAAUCAAACAGCAAGUUCUAUAAAGCUGAAGUGUGGCCUGUCUGGCAGCCACGAGUUCAUCUUCAUCUUGAUUCCCAUCGUCUACGGUUGCAAUUUUGUGAUUGGAGUCAUCGGCAACAGCAUGGUUGUGGCCGUCAUCUACUGCUACAUGAAGCUCAAGACAGUGGCCAACAUUUUCGUGUUCAAUCUGGCCAUUUCUGACCUCACUUUUCUCAUCACUCUGCCCAUGUGGGCUACCUUUGUUGCCACAGGCUAUCGGUGGUCCUUCGGAGGGUUCCUGUGCAAAACCUGUGCGGGGAUGACCAUUUUUAACCUGUACACCAGCAUCUUCUUCCUGACGGCACUCAGCAUUGACCGGUAUCUAGCGAUAGUUCACCCAAUGCGAUCACGCAGGUUUCGCACAGUGUUGUACGCACGUAAUACGUGCGUGGUGAUCUGGAUGUUUGCUUUCCUGGUCAGUUUGCCCACAGUGCUGACCAGGGAUGUCUACUACAUAGAAAACUCAAACAAAACAGUGUGUGGCGUUCUGCACUCGGUGGAAAAAAAUAACACGUCAUUUGAGAGCGUCCUGCUAUCAAUCAGCUUGAUGAAAAGUCUGUUGGGCUUCUUGGUGCCGUUCCUCAUCAUCAUCACCUGCUAUUGUCUCAUUGUGCAAACACUGCUGGGAGCAAGGCGCAUCCAGAAAAGCUCCCGUUCCCGUGAUGACGAAGUACUGCGCAUGCUAGCAGCAGCCGUCCUGGCUUUCUUCUUAUGCUGGGUGCCCCAUCAGGUGUUUCACUUUAUGCAUAUGCUGAUCCAGCUGUCGGUCCUGCAGAACUGUGACAUUAUGGAAAUCGUUGACACUGCCACGCCCUUCACCAUAUGCAUUGCCUAUUUCAACAGUUGUGUCAAUCCCAUUGUGUACGGCUUUGUCGGGCACAACUUUCGCAAAAACUUGCUGCGCCUGUUGCGCUGCUCACCAAGUGGACCCACUGGGCCCCACCCCAGCAUCAGUUCCAAGAUGAGUGCUCUCUCCUUCCGCGCCUCAGAGGCACUGAGUCUUACAGCUAAAAGCAAGACUUCCUCGGAUGUUAAGUGAAGGGUAAAAAUGAAUUCUCCUGAUUCUUUGAUGAGCA